AUGAUCACGCCACUCUUUGAUGUCUCGCAAGAUGACAAGUACGUGGUGCUGGAGAUUCGUGUGCCCUACAUGAAGGCUUCGACCUUUGACUACUACAUCAUCGGAUCGGAAUUCAAAUUCUACGCCAAGCCCUACUUCCUCCGCUUGACGUUCCCCCAUCCGCUGGAUGAGGAGGGAGGCCACGAGAAGCUUGCCUACGACAUCUCGAAUGGCAUCCUCACCGUCCAUCUGCCCAAGGCCACCCCUGGCCAAUUUUUCGAGAACCUGGGCAUGAUCACCCAAUUGCUGGCCAAGAAGAAGCCCGUACUUUCCACCGCCCCCGUGCAAAUCGUCUCCUCCGGCGAGGAAGGAACAGGAGAGGAGGAAUUUGAGGAAGAGGAGGAAGAGGAGGAAAUCGACAUGGAGGUGGAGCAAACACCCGCUCCCGAGCUGCUCAACGGCCUGAUCACCAUCACCAUCACCAUCACCAUCACCAUCACCAUCACCAUCACCAUCACCAUCACCAUCACCAUCACCAUCACCAUCACCAUCACCAUCACCAUCACCAUCACCAUCACCAUCACCAUCACCAUCACCAUCACCAUCACCAUCACCAUCACCAUCACCAUCACCAUCACCAUCACCAUCACCAUCACCAUCACCACCACCGUACAGGAGAUGCUCAAGGGCGUUCGUUAUGGAUUCAACAACCAGUACAGCGGCCUCUUCUCGCAGAUCCAGGAGGAGACGUCAGAGAUCGUGGAGCUGCCCUGUCCCGACACCACUCCCGCCAGCGAACGGCGAGAGCUGCGGAUACUGACCGAGGACGACAAGUUUGACCCCGAACACUACAUGGCCGAUUUUGUGAUGGAUGAGACGAUCAAGGAGCUCAUCCAGUUCGAACCGCAUUGGAUCCACGAGAAGCGGAGAUACCGGGAGCUCAAGCGGCAACACUUUGGUCAGCGGGCCGCGGCGACAGGCGAACAGCAACCCGCCGCUGCCGCCGCUCUAGACAACGAUGACGACGACGCGUCGACUGAGAAUGAGAAAGAAGAUGAUGAGCAGGAGAAGAAGCAGAGUGCGGUGGUCGAGAAGCUCGAAGUUCGACCGUCCUCUGCGGCUCCGCGCAUCAUCAUGCUCAAGACCAACAAGGAGAAGGAAGACGAAGAGCGCAAGGCAGCGGCGGCUGCGAAGAAGAACGAAAGCGAAGCGACGUCGUCGUCGGCGUCCCACCUGCAGCCGUUCCCCUUUGGUGGCGGCGGAUCGCGGCCGCUCGUGCAGGAGAUAGGCCCCGGAGGCUACAGGCCCGCCGCGUCGUCAACUCUGCGUCCGCUCAUUCAGGAAAUCUCAUCCACAUCAGCGGCCGAAGAGGGGGAUGAGGACAAGGAGGACGAGAUCAUCGACGUGGCGCGGGAGAUGAAGGCCGUGAGCAUCAAGCGUAUCACCGGCGACCAGCCAGCUUCUUCUUCAUCGUCUUCUUCUUCUUCGUCGUCGUCGUCCACUUCGGCCCCUGUCCAACUCCAAAUUCAGCCCAAAGCCGGCAGCGCUGGUCCUUCCCUUCCGUCGGGCUUCAUUCUUUCCUCGUCGUCUUCAUCUUCGUCAUCAUCAUCCUCCUCCUCUUCAUCUUCUUCUACUACUACUACUCCCUCGUCUCUGAUCAUGGAGAUCGAUGCCAAGAAAGAGGCGGCCCCCAUCGUCGUCCAACAGGAGCAGCCCUCCGCUUCGCUGCCGGCCGAGGUCACGGGCAUCACCGCUGCCUCCUCCGCCACUGCCACUUCCGUCGCAGCAGCCGCUGCGUCGACAAGCGCCACCACGAGUUCGACGCCGUUGUCGCCUUUCGCGUCGAUGUCGUUCGACGUGCCGAGCCCCCACCAGCGGGGCGAGGGCUUCCCCUUCUCCCCGCAAUCGCCGUCUGCGCCUCUCACCUCCUCCGCCUCGCUGCCCACGUCGCCGUUCACCUUCAGCUCGCCCGGCGCCGCCACCCAGGUGCCGCCUGCCCUGGUCUUUGGCGCGGCGCCGGCGCCGACGACAACGACGACACCAGCGGCCCCGGCGGCCACGCCGCUGGCCAAGCCGGCUGCCCCAUCGCUGGUACAGGCUGCGGUCGCGAAGCGAGCGCCGAAGCGCGAGGGCAAGGGCAAGACGCGCCCGGCCAAGAGCAAGGAGCAGGUAAAGGAGGAGAUGAAGAUGCGAAGCGCGAUCGAGGAGAAGGUGAUCGAGUGGACGCAGGACGAGAAGGAGACCAUGCUCCGACUGCCGCGAAAAGAGUACCUUCUGGAGAACGAGAAGGCCACCUUGUUGGGACUCAUUGACCUCGUCUUCGCCUAUGCCUACAACCAGAGGACCACCAUGGACGAGCCAACGUGCGAGUCGGACUGGACGAUCACCAACAUCAGCCCGACGCUGAGCUGGCUCGAGACCUUCGGCGGCAUCGGUCAGACGCUCACGGCGUGCGUGCGACGAUCCCUCGUCUACCCGCUCUACAGGCACUGGGGACUGGCCCAGACGGUGAUGGCGGAUGUGGUGACGAUCUUCUCCAUGGGCAAGCGAAGCGUGUUGCGCGCCCUGCUGGGGGUGAAGCGCAUCCUCGACCGAUCCGACCCGCGCUUCUACCACUGCAAGCUGUUUGUCGACGACUAUUGCGUUUGGCUCCAGGCCUACAGCAACCAUCGUCUGCGCUCUCUCUGUGGCAAGAUCAAGGAGGCGGUGGAGCUCUUCGACAAGGAGGACGUCGAGUGGCCGCUCGACGAGCUCGAGCGUGAGGCCCCCGAGAUGGUCAUGGAUGUCGAGCCCGACGAGGAAGCACCUCAGCAUCUCUGA